AUGUGCUCGACCCCCAAGGAGUCUCUCCGCACCUCCGCGAACAGGCGACCCCCCGACAGCAGCCACUGCGGACACAGGACCGGGCUCCACACACCCCCUCCCCAAACAGCAGCGCGCAGCCUCUUCACCAGGAACCGAGGAGUAGGGGAGGGGGCAGCCAGGCAGUCAACAGGAACGCAGAGACGACGGCGAGGCUGCUUGGAGUCUCUAUGCCCACUCUGUUGCCGCUCCCGAACUCCGGCACGGUCUCCGACUCGGCCCCCUGCGCCCGCUCAGUGUCACUGCCUCUUGCUCUGGGAAAAUGGCGGCGACGGCGGCGGCGGCCGCGGCGGCGGCGGCGGCGGCGGCGGAAGUGUCGGUGUUCGGUGGGACUGGUUCUUUCCCCCUUUCCCUCAGUGGCCCUCAAGUCUGGAUAUAGGUGAGCUUGGGCAUGCCAGUAUUGGGUGCACGUACAAGGACAGCAGGGCCUGGGAACGAACUCCCUCCCGUCACCCUCCGAAAGCGAUACACUUUAUCCCCCUCCCAAACAACCCCAGUCCCGUUUCCCCGUUCCUCUCUCCCUCCUCCCCCAGCCCAGUCUGGCCUCCAGCGCUGGGUGAACCCGGUUGGGGUGUCACUCGACGCCCACUAGGGGCUGAGGAGGCUCCAGUGCGCAGGCUCCGGGCACCGGAUAAAAGCGGAGCUGGCGAGUCUAGCGCCGUCUCGAUGGAGGAGCAAGAAACGGAAGAGGUCGGGGGGAGAAGCAGCAGGAAAAACGCAGCCACCGUCAGCGCCGCCUCCCUGCCACCGUGUUUCGGGUCUUGCUCUGGCACCCAGGCUGAAUGCACUGGCAAGAUCUUGGCUCACUGCAGUCUUCACCUCCCGAGUUCAAGCAUUUCUCCUGCCUCAGCCUCCCAAGUAGCUGGGAUUACAGUCUGCUGCCGCUCCCGACUUUUCUCGCUGAGACACCGUCAGCUCACUGCGAGCCCAGCACAGCGGCCAUCUUCGGGAAAUCCUGGCAGCAGCCCGCUUGUCCAUUGUCCUGUGUGCCCAGAGGAAAGAACCACUCAUUUUUCGUGAUCAAGCUAGGGGAGGCAGGAGCAAUAAUGGCCCUGCUAUAGGACUGGCUUUUAUUUGAAUUCCAACUCUUCUGCCACCUUAACCAGCUGUUUCCAGAUUUUAAAACUUAAUCUAUCAGAGCCUCUUACUAAAUAUUAGGUUGAUGAGAUGAUGCAUGCAAAGCGCUUAGAACAGUACUAGACAUAAAGUAUCCGACAUAAAGGUUAAGUAAAAGUAAGGAAAAGCUAUGGGGAUGUAUUGAGUAUCUCUUUGCCCAAUGACGUAUUAGUCGUAUUAAAUAUGGAAAGUGACUUUGAUUCUCCGUACCCAUGGGAGAAGGCAUAGGAAUAGCCUUUUCCCACCUGUAAUCAGAGAGCAGGUGUUUCUAGAACGCCUCUAUGUUUUCGAUCUCUCAAGCAGCCUUUCGGGCUCCUAAUUCCUACGAAGUUUCCGCUUUUAUUCAAUUUGGCUCACUCCUUUUUGCAGGGCUUUGUACUGAAUUGAGUAUUCUCAUAAGGGUGGUGGACAAGCAAAAGUUUGGUAGCAUCACAUUUUUAAUUUCACAGGGAAAAUGGGUAUGAAACAUCUUCCCAAGUACAUCUUAGACUGCCAGCUGACAGCAAGCCAUAAUGCUCCCCAGCUCUUGGGCCCUACACCCCCUCUCCCCCAUCCCCGCUUUAAUUCUUUCUCAUUGCCCAUGGACAGCUGGUUUGGGGACCAGGUGCAGAUGAUGGGAGGUGUCUUUAAAAAACAGCAGGUGAGAAAUGCUAGUUUUGUUGUUUUAAGUUGCACUGAUGACUGUAGUAGUUAUCUAUGCUGCUUGUGAUAAUUUAUAAGGCAAUGAUAACGAAUUAAACAUACAAAAGAUUAUCUUCCACAGGGAAAAAAAACUGCAAACUUGUGACACCAUUUAUGAUCCACUUAGUCUUGAGAUACUGAGUAAUAGAACUUUCUCUUUCCGGGCUGAGUUGUGAACUUGGGUUUGGUUUCUUUCUGCAAUCCCUGCAGGGCCAUAAAUUCUUGGCCCUUAAGACUGUUCUCGGUGGCCCAUAACAGACUUAGUGAUACCAUCAGUAACCAUAGUUCACACUGGAGUCAAGUUAUCUGAUUCCCACAGCAGUUGGAGAACUGGAGAUUCCUUAGAACUUUUAACUGUCAUGUUUUCAAAGUUGACAUGGAAAAUUUUACAUGAAGCUUAAAAAUACAACUAACCUGUGGUGAUACAGAUGAGAAGAGUUAAGCUCUAAAAUUAGAAGAGCAGUUCGUUUUAAGGCAGCAUUGAUUGGGUGGGAGCAUGGAGUAUAUAAUUACAUUUCUAUAUAAUGUAAAAAUAUCUAUAGAUUUAAGAUUUAUACAUUUUAUGUAAAUUAUACUACAAUAAAAUGAAAAUGAAAGAAGACAAAGAUGAUCAUAUGUAGUUUAAUCAAAUAUUGUGUACAAAGUAAUUUCUGUUAAACAUUUAUAUUUUUAUGUGUAUUUGUACCUUUUACAUGUAUGUGUUAAGGAUAUGCAUUAAAAUGUUAAUAACUUCCUCUGCCUAUUGGGAUAAUGGAGAGUUUUGUUACUUUUUGUCUUUUUUUUUUUAAACAUGUUCUGCGAUGAUAAUGUAUUGCUUUUGUAAUUAUGAAAAACAAGUUAUUUUGUAAAUCUUUGUUACUGAUAAGAGAUGGGUAUUCUGUUAACUACUCAAUUCUCAUGUAGGAAAACAAAAUACACAAAAUACAUAAUGUCUAUUUGAUAAAUCGAGAAACAGAAGCAUUACUUAGAAAUCUGAGUUACCUCUAAAAUAAUGACUGGCAUUUGAAGUUGAGGAUGGGUCUUGAGUUCCUGUGAUUUUAAGCUCUUGGAUAUGAGGGUUGGGUGAGUUCCUCUUUUUCUCUCUUUUAAAAUAUAUGUAUGUUUAACUUUGCUAAAUAAAAUUUAAAAGAUACAA